AUCAGGUGCCAGUGCCCGGCAAGAGUGUGGUUUUAUCCUCAGGAACAGUGGGGUCUGUUUGGAGGAUGCUGAGUGGGGUUCGGGCUGGCUGAGGAUCCCCCCUCAGCCACUGCCCUGUCUUCCCACAGAGGACAUUUCUGUGGUGUUCAGCACGGUCUCCUGGGAGGGCCGGGCCGACUUCUCCCAAGCCGAUGUGCACCGGCAGAUUGCCAUUGUGUUCAAGACCCCUCCCUACGAGGACCUGGAGAUCUCAGAGCCCGUCACAGUCAAUGUCUUCCUGCAGCGGCUCACAGAUGGUGUCUGCAGCGAGCCUCUGCCCUUCACCUACCUGCCUCGGGACCACGACAGUUAUGGCGUGGACAAAAAGCGGAAACGGGGAAUGCCAGACGUCCUUGGGGAGCUGAGCAGUUCUGACCCCCAUGGCAUUGAGAGUAAACGGAGGAAGAAGAAGCCAGCCUUCCUGGACCACUUCCUGCCUGGCCAUAGCUCAG